AUGACACCAGGACCCAGAAGAUUUGUACCACCUCCAAGCAGCACACCGAGCUCAUCCGUACCGCCAAAUCCGUCAAAUCGUUUCGUUCGUCCAUCCCAACCAUCCAGUUCGCCUUUUCCACGGACACCGUUCUCCAACGCUGCUCGUAGUGCCGCAGAGGAUGAGAUCGAGGCUGAGGAUCUUGAGGAUGCAGACAUUGACUUGAGCCACGAUCUAGCUCCCCGGAGUCAAUGGACUCAAACGUCACAGCAUAGGAAGGCGGGAGACAUCAUUCAUCCUAGCAGUGAUGAAGAUGAUCACUUGCAUGUCGAGGGGUCAAGACAAGGUCGUAAUAAAAAUUUUUCUGCAUUAUCUGAUGACGCGGCAUUGCGAACAACCGCGAAACGUCGUAAGACAUCCCAUGUGAAUAGGGCUUUCGACGAGACUGACACAGAUCUCAUAAACUCGUCGUCAGGAACACCUCUUGCGGCAGAUGAUCAAGGUCUACCUAAUGAGCUCGACGAACCAGAUCAAACAGUUCAGACGCCAGAACACGAUAUCGAUUUCGAAGUGCCAAGUUCACCGACCUCCUCUGAUAUUUCUCCUGUGAAAGACUUCGAAACACCCAAACACCGCUCAUCUCGCUUCUAUCCUUCCAGAGCUCCUCCAAGCCGAUUCGAUGCCGCAUCUGCUCAACUGCAUCAAUCAGGAACACACGAUCUACCACUUCCAUCGUUUCAGUCUCGUCUUCUAUCCUCUACAGCGUCACCCCGACCGCAUGUUCGUGGUCCACAUCCAUCGAUAGACUAUACAUUACCGGACGCAUUCUCGCCCUCCAGAAGACGCGGUGGCACGGACUACAUCCACGGUGGACAUGCAGAAACAGUAAGAGGAUGGGUGCUAGAUGUUGCUGCUCAAGCAAUCGGAAGUCCUUACAAACCACUCCCUAAGUCUGCACGCCAUGACCUGGAAACGGGCCAUCAACAUAACGUCGCGGAGCAGGAAAUCGUUACCGAAGUAUUACUGCAAAGUCCUGAAAGUGAUUUCGCGCUUGUCAGCACUAUCCCAGCUGGAAGUGUAAGCAGUGGCAGUCCAGAUAAACCAGGGCUGAGGAUGCUGAUCAACAGCACUUCUGGACCUUCGUCUCAUCUAGACCCAGACUCAGCAUCGAGGUUAGGACAGCUUCAGCCAGGCAAUAAGAUUGUGAUAAAAGGUGGUGGAGCGAUGGGAUGGAACUUGGAGCUGACACGUGACAACGAUGAUGAGCUCUACCUUGAUCAAAGUUCAGUCUAUCAGGUUGCGGUACUGUGGGAUAUCGUCCAAUAA